AUGGCCGCUGCAAUGCCCGAGAUGGUGGACAGCGGUGUCAACAAGAAACGACCCGCUCCAGACGUCGAUCUGGACGACUCGCUGGAGAUCGAGUCGACGCAAGCAUGGGGCACGCCGUCCAGGAAGACGAAGAAGCCUCGAUUCCGCUCCAUGGCCGAUGACCAGUCCGACUACGACUACGCCUUGUCCACGGCAGCAUCCAUCGCCGACACCGACGUCAACACCACCACUGUGGCCGACACGGAGACACCACACACCGACGCCACCAGCACCCGCAGCAGGAGUAAGCCGCGGGAAAAGAAGUACAAAUGCACGUUCGCGGACUGUGACAAGGCAUUCGACCGUCCCAUCCGCCUGCAGUCGCACAUCAACUCACACACCGGUACUCGGCCUCACCUAUGUUCCGAAGAUGGCUGUGACAAGAGUUUCGUUAAGCCGGAGCACCUCAAUCGCCACAUGAAGGAAAAGCACAGUGACCAGAGCUUCGUUUGUGACUAUCAAGUCCACCGAGAUGACAUUGGCACCCUCGGACCGUGUGACAAAGUCUUUGAGUCGUCGACCAAGCUCAAACGCCACAGAGCCGUGCACGAGCAAAAAGAGGACACGACCUGCAGUUGGGAGGGCUGCGGAAAGGUGUUUCGGAAGCAGGAAACCUUACAGAGACACAUCAAAUCGGUUCACCUGGGGGAGGACUCCUUCAUGUGCAGCCGCGAGUCUGCAGAUGGCGAAGCUUGCGGACAGUGUUUUGCGACAGUUAGUCAGCUGAAGAGCCAUCACCUACGGGAGCACGACGUACCAAAGUAUGUCUGCGAGCUUUGCACCAACGCCAUGGUGUUGCCGGUCGAAGAUCUAUCACCCGGUGCUGAGGAGCUCGAUGCUGCCUUUCUGCCGACCGCUGAGGAUCUGCAGCAAGCCGGAGACGACUUCGACUCGAACAUCAUUGGCAGUCUAUCUCUUGCGGAAACAGCCCCAGCCAGCAUGAAUCACCCAGGAGCUGUCGUCGCUUUUCCUACCUACCACGAUCUCCAACGCCAUCUCAAGGCUGUGCAUCCGCCGACUUGUAACCAGUGUGGCAAGGUCCGCAGGAGCCAGAAAGACCUCACUGCCCACAUGGAAAUCGAGCAUGAUGGUCCGGCUAGGCCUGCUGUGGAGAAGAAGUUUUUGUGUCCGUACGAGGGCUGCAGUCGAGCCGAACCUGGCAAUGGCUUCUCGAAGAAGGGCAACAUGGAGGUUCACAUCAAAGGUUCACACACAAAAAUCAAGGAGUUCAUCUGCGGGCAGUUCGACCUCAAGGGCGCCAAAAAGGUGCAAGGGUGGAAUGGGUAUGGCUGUGGUCAAGCUCUUGGGACGAAGCAAGCCCUCAUUGGCCAUGUCCGUACGCAGCACAUGGGUCUCGCGGCUGAGGUUGGGAAGCGCACAGGCCUGAAGGAUAAAGACCGGAAGAGGAAGGUCAAAUUCCAGCAGCAAGAUGAUGAAGAGGAUAAGGACUCUGCAAUGGCGAUGGAUACAGAAGACUCGCCAGCCUCUCCUCCAAGCAGAGCCCUCGCUGCUCUCACCGGUUACGGAUACGACGAGAUACGUCCGUACGCUUGUCUUCUGGAGGGUGGCUGGCGUGGCUGCCAAGGGAGGUUCCCCAACGAACACCAAUUGUGUACCCACAUGGAGCUCACCCAUGGCUGGAACGUCGACGACAUCAACGAGGCUAUCGAGCGAGGUCACACUCGCCCUGGAGGAGACGACAAUGCUUUCGGACGUAGGCUUGAAGGUGAUCUUGGCGCGGCAAUGAGCAUGCCAACGUCUACGGAUGCUACGACCGAGGCAAUGAUCGACCCACAGCUCGGUGAGGGUAUGGUUGCAUAG